ACUCAACUCUCACCUUUUUUCUCGAAGGGAACACCUCCGGCCGUUCUUUCCACGCGCCGCUUGCGUCCCCCUCCUUCACCUUUCCCACGCUCAACACCCACUCCAUCUUCUUCGGAGUGUGCUUGUUGGCGUCCCCUGUGUUCUAACUCUUCCUCCCCCUCCCUCCUUUCGGUCCCGGUCUGUCUUCUGUGUCGCCUUGUGUGACCCCAGCCCGCCCGUACCCCCCCCCCCUCCCCCCCUUGGUCCGUCUUUCUGUUCCUGCAUCCAUCGCCGACGUCAGCAAUGUCGCUUUCCGCUGCACCUCCGCUCGCCACGGCCUCGCUGGCCACAGGCAUUGACUUGUUCAACAACUCCUCGCUUGAACUCCUCUCGCCGCGGCUCGGUGACGAUUCUCUUCCGCCGCUCCCCGCCUUUGGCUUCGGCGACCAUGCCGCCAUGCCGCCGGCCGUCGGCGACGUGGCGCUGAACGAUUGGCUCGGCGACUGCACGCUCCCGACGCUUGACAUGGACAUUGCGCCGUCGCCCGAGGCUGACCCGCUUCCGUCGACAAGCGUUUACUCGCCGGCUAGCUCGUACUCGCCGGCCUCGCGCUCGGCGUCGUACUCGCCGGCGCCGCCGUCGCUCGAGUCGAGCCGCUCGCCGCAGGCAACCAACCGCCGCGUGGCCAAGCGCAAGCGGACGCCCAACGCCGACGACGAGCCGGUUGACCCGCACCUCCUCGCGCGAAAGGAUGACGUGCCCGAGGAAGUUAUCCAGCGCUUGCUCCAGGCAAAGCCGCGCGACCUCACCGAGGAGGAGAAGCGCAUCCGCAAGCGGGCCAAGAACCGCCAGUCGGCCGCCGUCGCCCGCGAGAAGCGCCGUGCCAAGCAAAUGGCCAAGGCCAAUCAGCUCAACCAGUUCAAGGCCAAGAACGAGGCUCUCUCCAACGAGAACGACGCUCUCCGCGCCCGCAUCGCCCUCCUCGAGGCCUUUUGCCGCGAGCGCAUCGGCUCGCUCCCGGACGACGACGACGCCCGGCCGGCCAAGCGCCAGCGUGGUCUUGCCUAGCUUCGCCUGCCUUUGCCUGCCCUGAGCAAUGCAAGACCUCCCAGUAGUUAAAGCACAAUUUUCCCAA